AUGCUGCCUGCCAUUUUGCUGAGCACAUUUUUGCUUCAUUUCUCUGAUGCUGUUUCUUCAAAACCGCAAUAUAUCCUAUGGGUCUCCUCUGUGAUGCACAGUUUUUCUACAGAAAAAGCUUGCCUGCAUCUUUUAAACCUUAAUGAAUCUGUAUCCUUGAGUGUUGUUUUAGACUAUGAUGAAUCUAAUACCAUUAUUUUUGACAAGUCUGUGGAAGAGGAGAGCUUCUAUGGUUGUACAACUAUCAAGGUUCCUCAGAAAUCCUCUAAAGAGUUGGGCUUUGUGACGUUGUUGGCUAAAGGAGCUACUCUUAAAUUCUAUGAGAAGAGAUCUGUAGCAAUUGUUUCAGAGGAGAAUGUAACAUUUGUGCAGACAGAUAAGCCUAUCUAUAAACCUGGAGCAGAAGUUCAAUUUCGCAUUGUGACAUUGAAUACCCAGUUCAAACCUGUUGAUGAUUUGUAUCCUUUAAUCAUAAUUCAGGAUCCUCAACAUAACGUGAUUUUUCAAUGGCAAAAUGUAACUUCUUUCCGAAAUAUUACCCAACUAUCAUUCCAACUGACCUCAGAACCAAUAUUUGGAGAUUAUACAAUUGUUGUGAAAAGCAAAUCAAGAAUGACACAGACUCAUCAAUUCACUGUGAAUAGAAAUGUGUUGCCCAAGUUUGAAGUUAAGGUCAUGCCACAAACAAUAACUAUUUCAGAUGAUGAAUUUCAAGUGAAUGUGUGUGCUAAGUACACAUAUGGCCAAUUUGUGCAAGGAAAAGCCCAAAUCCGAGUAUGCAGAAAAUUUUUUGCUCUGCUGAAUUGUGCUAAAGACAAUAAUGAAAUCUGUGAGCAAUUUAUUGUACAGCUGAAAAAUGGCUGUGUUUCCCACAUUGUAAAUACGAAAGUCUUUCAACUCUACCGCUCUGGAUUUUUCAUGAUGUUUCAUGUCAACGUAGUUGUUACAGAAUUUGGGACAGGUGUGCAGAUUAGCAAAAAGACCUCUAUUUUUAUCACCUCAUUGCUUGGCAGUGUGAGCUUUAAGAAUGUGGACCCUUUCUACAGAAGAGGGAUUUCUUAUUUUGGAACUCUUAAAUUCCGUGGUCCCAAUAAUGUCCCUAUGGUGAGCAAGUUGUUGCAGUUGGAGCAGAAUGACAAAUUUGUAGGAAAUUACACUACAGAUGAGAAUGGUGAAGCUCAGUUUUCCAUUGACACUUCAGACAUAUUUGAUCCACAGUUCAACCUGAAAGCCACAUAUGUUCAACCUCCAAGCUGCUACCUCCCUAGCUGGUUGACACCUGAGUAUUCAGAUGCCCACUUGUCUGUCUCACGCUUUUACUCCAGAACAAACAGCUUCCUGAAAAUUGUUCCAGAAUCGAAGCAGCUUACAUGUAACCAACAGAAGAUUAUUACUGUACUUUUCUCCCUAAACAGUGAAGCUUAUAAGGGUGACUCAAAUGUAAACUUCUUCUAUUUGGUAUUGGUAAAAGGAUCUAUCUUCCUUAGUGGACAAAGGGAGAUCAGAAACCAAGCCUGGAAUGGAAACUUCUCCUUCCCAAUCACCAUCAGUGCUGACCUUGCUCCCUUGGCUGUAGUUCUUGUCUACACUAUUCACCCCAGUGGGGAAAUUGUGGCUGACAGGGUCAAAUUCCAGAUUGAGAAAUGCUUUAAAAACAAGGUUAGCAUAAAGUUCUCAAAAGAGCAAGCACUUCCUGGCUCCAACUCCAAUCUCUAUCUUCAAGCAGCCCCUGAUUCCUCUUGUGCCCUCCGGGCUGUGGAUCAAAGUGUCCUCCUACUGAAACCAGAGCAAGAGCUGUCAGCUGAAAGCGUGUACAACCAGCUUCCAAGUACAAGACUGUAUGGCUAUUUCUACCAUGGCCUCAACCUGGAUGGUAGCAAGGUACAGCCUUGCAUUCCUCAGAAGAAUAUGUUUCAUGAUGGUUUGUAUUAUAUGCCUAUAAGCAACAAUGAGGAUGGAGACAUCUAUGAUAUUGUCAAGGACAUAGAUCUGAAAGUCAUUACCAAUCUCCAUUACCGAAAACCAGAAGUAUGUACAGUGAAGACAGAUCUGCCACUCAUUAGGCCACAAUUAUAUCUACAUCCAAGAAGAUAUAAAGGAAGACAGGCAGUGAUGUUUUAUGCAGCACCUGGAGCUCAAUCUGAUGGGUUUACACAGCAAGUUAACUAUGUAGAACAGACCAUAAAGGAAACAGUAAGAACAAACUUUCCUGAGACAUGGAUAUGGGACCUUGUCAGUAUUGAUUCCUCAGGCUCAGCAAAUCUUUCUUUCCGCAUCCCGGAUACAAUUACCCAAUGGAAGGCAAAGGCCUUCUGUGUGAAUGGUGACUCAGGCUUUGGCAUUUCAUCAACGGUCUCUCUGCCAGUCUCCCAGUCCUUCUUUGUUGAAAUUGCCUCACCAUUUUCAGUUGUUCGAAAUGAACAAUGUGAUUUGAUUGUUAAUGUCUUCAGCUACCUGAAUACAUGCGUGGAGAUUUCUGUUCAAUUAGGAGCAUCUCAGAAUUAUGAAGCAAAUAUCUACACUCUGAAAAACAAUGGCAGUGAGGUCCUGAAGGCUGGAGAGAGGAAAACAUUUGUCUGGACUAUCAUACCUAAGACACUGGGAAAAGCUAAUAUCACUGUAGUGGCUGAGUCCAAACAAAGCAGCACCUGCCCAAAUGAAGCAACAGAAGAGCAAACUCUGAACUGGAAAGACACUGUGGUCAAAGACUUACUGGUAGAGCCUGAAGGUAUUAAAAGAGAAACAACCCAGAGUUUCCUUAUUUGUACAAAAGAUACCAGAGUCUCUAAGCAGGUUGUUUUGGACUUGCCAGAUGAAGUGGUAGAAGGAUCAGCAAGAGCCUUUUUCACUGUUGUGGGGGACAUUCUAGGUGUUGCAAUGCAGAAUCUGGAGAAUCUUCUCCAAAUGCCCUAUGGAUGUGGUGAGCAGAAUAUUGCUCUACUGGCAUCUGAUACCUACAUCCUUGACUACCUGAGAACUACUGGACAACUGACUGAGGAAAUUAAAAAUAAGGCUGUCUUUCUCUUAUCUACUGGUUAUCAAAAGAUCUUGUCUCUCAAAAACUCUGAUGGUUCAUAUAGGAUGCUUUGGCAGAAGAAUCAGAAAGGAAGUAUAUGGCUCAGUGCCCUCAGUUUUAAAACAUUGAACAGAAUGAAGAAAUAUGUUUUCGUGGAAGAAGCAGUUCAAAAACAGACUUUAAUCUGGCUUGCAAGCCAACAGGACAGGGAUGGCUGCUUUAGAAACAAUGGCAAGAUAUUCACUAAUGCCUGGGAGGAUGGAGAUGAAAAGAACAUUGUACUCACUGCGUUUACAGUCGGAGCACUCCUUGAAGCUGGGCUGAAUUACACUUUUCCUGUUCUACGAAAUGGAGUCUUUUGUCUGGAGGAGGCAGUGGAAAGAGGUGUCAUGAAUGGCUACACCCAUGCAAUUUUAGCUUAUACGUUUGCAUUAGCUGGAAAAGAGGAGCAAGUGGAAUCCUCACUUCAGAUCCUAGACCAAUCUGCUAUAAAAAUAAAUAAUAUGAUAUAUUGGAAAAGAGAAAGGAAACUCAAGCAAGAUGAACCCCCAUCCUUUAUUCCUUGGGCCCUCUCUGGAGAGACUGAGAAGACUUGUUAUGUGCUGCUGGCUGUCAUUUCCCGAAAAACUCAGGACCUGGCCUAUGCUAGUAGGAUUGUGCAGUGGCUUGCCCAGCAGACAAACUCCCACGGAGGCUUCUCUGCCACCCAGGACACUGCAAUCUGUCUUCUUGCCAUAACCCGCUACAUGAAGUUAACCUUCUCAAAUGAUCACAACAACAUCACUUUUAGAAGUGAAGAAUCAAGUCAGAUUUUUGAGAUUAACAGGGAUAACCGCUUAUUGGUCCAGCGUUCAGAACUAGCAAAAGCACAUGGAGAAUACACAGUGGAUGUAGAAGGACAAGGUUGUGUGUUUAUCCAGGGCAUCCUCAGGUAUAAUGUGCCACUACCUAAGAAGGCAUCUGGAUUUUCCCUCUCCUUGGAAAUAGUAAAGAGCUCUUCAGAUAUAUUCCAGACUAAUUUUGACCUGACAGUGACCCUCAAAUAUACUGGAAUUCAUGAAAAUUCCAAUAUGGUCAUUGUGGAUGUAAAGAUGCUAUCAGGAUUCACUCCAGUCCUGUCAUCCAUCGAGAAGCUUGAAAAGAACGGCCAAGUAAUGAAGACAGAUGUAAAGAAUGACCAUGUUCUUUUCUACUUGGAAAAUGUUUCUGAUAUAGCAACAAAUUUCACCUUUUCUGUUGAGCAAAGCAACCUUGUGUCCAACAUUCAGCCAGCCCCAGUCAUGGUCUACAAUUACUAUGAAAAAGAUGAGUAUGCCUUGAAUUCGUAUAACAUCAAUAGUACUUCAGUUUUCCAGCAGUAUGUUCUACUGGUCCCUUCUGUUCUACAAGAAGGCUCCUUGGAUAAAGCUUGUGCCCAGCUUUUUAAUCUAACUGAAUCCGUUGUUUUGACUGUUUCCCUCAACUAUGGUGAAGUCCAGACAAAAGUGUUUAAAGAGUAUGAUACAGGCAAGAACUUCUUUAAAUGCAUCAACUUUCAGGUUCCUCAGGCCCAAUUGGAUCCACUGGCUUUUAUCACAUUUUCUACUAAAGGAGCCACUGUCAACCUUGAAGAGAGAAGAUCUGUGGCAAUCAGGGCCAGGGAAAACGUGGUCUUUGUACAGACAGAUAAACCCAUCUACAAGCCUGGACAGAAAGUAAUGAUUCGAAUUGUGUCUCUGGAUGAUGAGUUCAAACCUGUUGAUGAAAUGCUGGCGGAAAGAUGGCUGUGUCUCCCAGCUUUUACCAUGGAUACUUUUGGAGUUAAAUUUGAAGGAUAUCAGAACUCCCUUGAAGUGCAUGCUCUGUCACAGAAGAGGGGAAACCAGGCCAUCUAUAAGAAUAAUGAAGAAUGCCAUGGUCAUGGCUGGUGCGGCCUCAGCUACCCCCAGCCAGA